AUGGUGUUAAGCAUAAAGAGCGUUCUCUACGGUGCGCACGUUGCUCCCCCGCAUGAGGGAGCGAGCAGCGUCGACGUUGAUGCGCGGAAGGGCGACGUUGUUCUUCGCGAUGGACUUACGGGUGCGUCGCGGUUUCGCUUCGACAGUGUGACGUACCAUCCCUUCCAUGCCACGUUGUACGAGUCCGUGUUGGCACGACGGGUGGCGGAAAACUUUGGCGGAGGAUGCCCCUAUGCCUGCGACGCCCCUCCGUAUUCGAUGCACGCUGCCAUCAUCCACGGGUCACCUCGCCGGCACUCGGAGGAGUUGUUCCACGCCGUGGUGCUUUUGACAGUUGGCCACGCCCUCGACGUGCUUGCGGAGACGAGUGUGGGCCACGUGCAGCUCCAUUACAGCAUGGCGCGUGUGUACUCGUGGGGUGUCACGGACGUCUUGAACCAGCAGGUUGUGGCCAACCGCCCCGUUGGCAUCUACACACAUGCCGGGAACAAACGCUGUCGCCCUCAGCUGCAGCACAACGUCGUGAGCUCUCGCAACGAUGCGGGUCUUGCCACUCUGUUAAAACAGGCCUGUGCGGUUCCUGAAGGUCAUUCAUGUAUUGUUUUUAGUCUUUUUGCCAAGGUGGCGGGAAUGUCGGCAUCAGGUGUCUUCACUAUUGCCCUGUUGCCGCAGCUCAGCCAAGGCAACCUGGUUUUCCAGGUCGAUAUGCAUGUGUUGAGGGAUCUCAUCUCCGGUCACCCCGCACCCCACGACAAGCCGUGCUGGCUGCUCCAUCACCUCAUGCCGUCACGGGAGGUGCGCAGCCUAGCGAUGAUCACCUGCAUAGCUGGCGACCACACACUGCACCAGGAGAACUACCACAACUGUGUGUACGGCUCUCGCUCAUUGGGGGAGAGUGUAGGCGACGUUGCUGACUGUCAUCUAUGCCAGGGUUCUAAUACUCUUUGGGGGUGUAUAGGUUUGUUUCCGUCUCGUCAACCCGUUCAGUUUGAUGGAACUCGACGUUUUUGUUCUCCACUGGAAACAUUG